UUGACGUCGCAUUCAUUGCGUGGCAACGCAGCUGCAAUGUGUCAGCUUCGAAUUGGAAAACGUGUUACAGAAACAUCCAGAACGAAGAAUUGACUUCGUUUCAGAUAUAAAGUCUCGUUGACACAACAAAAGCAUCAAACGAGUGCUUUAUUAACUGUGCAGUAUUAAGCAAGUCCUUCCUUAUCUCUUACACAAUGUCACCCAGUCUUGCCUAUGCAUAUUUUAUACUGUGCAUUUUCAGCACUCUAUUCUGCCUUACCAGUGCAGCAUCCAGUAAUUGCCAAGGUUGUGUGCAGUUGGAUUCCUACUCAUUUGAAAAGGUCGUAUCUAAAUUCAAAGCUGCUGUUGUGAAAAUUGAUGUUGCCUAUCCCUACGGUGAUAAACAUGAACAAUUUGGGAAGAUGUCUGCUGCACUAUCUUCCAACCCAGACAUCUUAGUUGCUGAAGUUGGAGUGAAAGAUUAUGGGGACAAAGAAAAUGUAGAUGUAGCUGAACGGUACAAGAUAGUCAAAGAAGACUAUCCUGUUAUGCUGUUGUUCCAACAAGGAAAAACAGAGCCAAUAAGAUACCAGGGAGAAUUCAUACUUGAACAUAUGCAACGCUUUGUGAGCUCUACUAGUGGCUUGUGGGUCGGCUUACCGGGAUGUUUAGAAGUAUUUGACGGGCUAGCCAAACGAUUUAUGGCAACUACGAGCUCUUCCGACCGGAAGGAAAUCCUACGCCAGGCGGAGGAUGAAUGGGACAAGGUUUCACUCGGCAGCGAACGGAAAUCAGCCGAGGUUUACGUCAAGGUUAUGCGCAAAAUGAUUGAGAAGGGUGACGGUUUUCUUAUGUCAGAAUUGUCUCGAGUUGAUGCUUUACGCAAGGGAAACUUGGCCAAAGAAAAGAAAGACGAAAUGGAGAGGCGUCUCAACAUUCUACAGUCAUUCCAAAAAACAAAUCCAACAGCUAACAUCGAACUGUAAAAUCCGACAAAAAUUGCCUCAUCCGUCAUUUGAUAGGUGCCAAUCACGGCCAAUGUCGUUCAGUGCGAGCUCCUACCCAGCAAUUGCAUUCAAAAGAAUGCAUCUCAUUUUUUUUCCGUUUGCAAAUACUAUGUUUCUGUGUAUGUGUUUUAAAUUUUAUUGCCUAAUAAUACAACUAUUUGGUUCGCCUUGUA